AUAACAAUAUUAUCGUUGUCGUCAUCGCUGUCCGUAUAAUAUAGGUCGGUAGUGUAAUAAUGACAAUAGUUUAUAUGCAUAGGUAUAUUAUUAGGUAUUGUCAUCGUGAUUAUAUGCACGUGCGCAGUACUCCGAUAAUAGUAAUAAAACAAGCAUUGCACAGUUUUUUAUUAUGUGUAAUUAGGUAAAUUUUUAUUUUGAAUCAUCAUGGACGAGGAUCAGCUGCAGCCGUUGAAAAGGCCCCGGGCAGAAUUGCACAAGAAACACACCGUGGCUAGCGAACACCGAUGCGUGCAAUGGAUUCCCCAAGUGGACGUGGUCAACGACAGUCUGGACACAGCCUUGUUGUCAGUUUAUAGUCAUUCGGGGAUAACGUUCCCUAAGAACAACGAAGUGUGCAUGCAAAAAGACACUUUUAUGAUGUGUUUGAAGAAACAGUUGAAUAGUAUUCAAUCAGAUCAUAAAGUGGAAAAGCUUUUUAGAAAUCACCCAUUAAAAAUGGGAGGACUUAUUGGUGAACGAAAAGACAUCAAUAGUAUUAAACUGGGAUUAGUUGGAAGUCAUAUUUCACAAACUAAUCAUGGAUAUUCAAGGAAAGAAGAUGGUACUUUUUACAAUUAUUAA